AUGGCUCAGUAUAGUCAAGUCUACAACGUUGACGAGCAUGACUCGAACACCAACGCAGGACACACAGUCUAUCAUUCUCCCACACAUCACCAUGACCAGUACGACUAUGGAGUCUACAACGCUGGAAAGCAGACGUCAUUUCCAACAGCAACCGAGCUGAACCCCCAUCCUAUGCAACAAUAUGCAUCAACGAACCCACACCCCCGAACACUACAACGUCAGCCAUGGCAACGAAGAGUUGGCUAUCUUGGAUGGUGGGUCAUCACACUGGGAACGGUCGUAAUGUUGGCCGCCAGUGCUUUUCUUGUCUUCAUCUGGUACGGUGCUUCUCUUGCCAGAAGGCAGCUUCCCCGACCCAAGCUUUGGGAUAGUAUCGUCUUUGAAGACAAUGCAGCACGAGCCGUAACUCUCUGUUCUGCUGCGAUCCGAGUAGCCAUGGACUUUCAGAUUGGUCUCUUAGCUGCGUCAAUGGCAGCUAUUAUUCUCGAGACAACCGGUACACGGCUUUCAGACCUCGCUAGUCUGUCUUUGUCCAGAGCUUUUAUAGAUAGCGCAAGCCCAUGGGAUAUAUUCUUGAUUGCCCGUCACAGAACAUCUCGAAAAGCUGUGUCGGUCAAUUGGGUUCUUCCUCUUCUGUCUUUCGUGGUCGGGUCCGUCAUGACUCUUGCAUCCACCAUCUUACUCUCCGACUUUAACAUGUUCCAAAUCGCUGCCCCACGCACCACAAGACCCAUCGCACUUGGGUUCGAUCUCCAAAAGGCUAUGGCAGACCCUGCCGGAACUUCCUUCUGGCAGUCAAAGCCGCAGGCGCACUGGAGAUUUGCCGAGACUCGCCUCAACGCGACUGAUCACGAUAGUACACUGAAACACGUCUCGGAUACGGGCGACAUCUAUCAAGCUUCGCUUCCCUUUGACACAAUGGAGGAUAGGGCGUCUCUUGAGUAUUAUGAGGGGCCUGCCAUUGUCACCAACAGCAGGACAGUUUGUGUCGCGCCAACAUUUACCAACACCACCCUUGAAUACAAAUACACAGGCAGUGAACUCACGGAAGGACUUUAUCUGCAAGCCGAAAUGGACACUUUGGCCAGUUGGGAAUCAGGGCCAAGAAUCAACGGCACCCAUGUGGCACAGAUAACAUGUCGGCUUAACAAUUAUUGGGAUGGGACCUCAGAUUCCUGGCCUUUGUCGAUAUGCAGCUUCCCGAAUAUUGACAUCAGUGCUGUCAAUGCGAGUCUGAAAGACCCACUGUCCGGUCGCCCCUACACAUUCCAGUCUGUCCUUCUCUUAAAUUCAAGCUCUAUUCUGAAUCUGAAUGAGGUCAUACCUUACUGGACAGGAUCAACCGAGAACUGGGCUACAGUCGCGGCUAUAGACGACCUUCAAAUGGAUAAGUUUGUCAAGGAUGGUCCUUGGACUGCUGCGUUUGCAGCCAAUGGGUCUGAAAUACUACAAGCUACCGUCUGCUUCACCGCUCCGAGCAUGCCGCUCCUAUACAACGUGACCAUGUCAGGGAAAGCCAUAUCAUCAGAGCCUAGGCCACAAGCAAAGUUAAAAGAGUUGAAACAGAAGUCCGCGAAUGGAACGCAGUACCUCGAGCAGUUGGGCAUAGGUGGUUCUGAAUUCGACCUCAAGGCACGAGGCAUUCUGGAUCUCAAGGUGCAUUCGGAACCCCAGAGCCUGGCUACCCAGGACUUCGAAGUUAUGGAUGCCGCUAUUGGUAAAUUGAUUCGCAUGAGUCUUUUUGACUUUCAGAUCGCAGGUGGAUGGGCUUUCAACAAUGACGCUCUUAUGGGCUAUCUGGCAUCGUGGCUGCUUUGGCCAGCCCACUCUGAGCAUUCUUUUCUAGUGCAGAUGAUUCUUCAUGACACUGGUGAUCCAGCAAUCGCCGUUCAAACCUUGUUUUCACGCUUCUCCCAAAUGAUCUUCCACGAUAUGCUGCCAUACUGGACAAGAGAGCAAUCCAUUAUCACGGUCAAUGUCAAACGUGUUCUGGUUCCUUCACAGUGGACGGGACUCAUAAUCGUCCUGGCACUUAUAAUAUCGCACAUGGCUCUUAUGCUCAUCACAGUAGGGUGGUUCCUCGCUUCAACAAAACUAUCCAUUUUGGGCAACACAUGGCAGGCUGUAUCGCAGAUCGUGUCCCCAGAGACAAGUGCGGUUUUGCAGACUGUUUCUAAUAGUGGUAUGACAGACGACGAAGUACAGAAAUGGGUUGCUACGACAACUUUUGACGACCAUAUCCAUAGCUUAUCGACAUCAGUUGACAACGGGGGACUAAGAUUACGAAGGUAUUGA